AUGGCCCGGCUGGGCGGUGCUGGGCAGGACACCCUGGCUGGAGGAAGGGGCCAGCCAGACCCAGACCCUGCAGCAGGGAAUGCCAGCGCCAGCAGCCUGCCCCCCCCCGAGCGGGGCUGUGCCUGGAGCCCCGGAGCUGAGGGCGAUGAGGAGCCCCUCCGGCUGCCCACCUUCUCCCCCGCUGCCCAGGCCCGCGUGGCCGUCACCUUCACCCUCUUCGCCCUCUCUGCCGGCUGCAACCUGGCGGUGCUGCGGGCGGCGGGGGGCCGGCGGGGCGGCCGGCGCUCCCACAUCCGCCUGCUGCUGCUGCACCUGGCCGCCGCUGACCUGCUGGUGACGGUGGCGGUGAUGCCGCUGGAUGCCGUCUGGAACAUCACACUGCAGUGGCGGGCGGGUGACCUGGCCUGCCGCCUCCUCAUGUACCUCCGGCUGCUGGCCAUGUACGCCUCCGCCUUUGUCACCGUCGUCAUCAGCCUGGACCGGCAGGCCGCCAUCCUGCGCCCGCUGGCCAUCACCCGUGCCCGGAGAAGGAACCGCAUCAUGCUCUACGUCGCCUGGCUCCUCAGCGCGGGGCUCUCGGUGCCGCAGCUGUUCCUCUUCCACACGGUCACCCUCCGACCCCCGCACAACUUCACCCAGUGCACCACGCGGGGCAGCUUCCCCCAGCCCUGGCACGAGACCCUCUACAACAUGCUCGGCUUCACCUGCCUCUUCCUGCUGCCGCUGCUCAUCAUGGUCUGCUGCUACACACGCAUCCUCCUGGAGAUCUCCCGGCGCAUGGGCUCCAGCCUCUUCUCCUCCCGGGACGUGUCGCUGCGAUGCUCCAGGAACAACAUCCCGCGGGCACGGCUGCGCAUGCUGAAGAUGAGCCUGGUCAUCGUCUCCUCCUUCAUCCUCUGCUGGACCCCCUACUACCUGCUGGGGCUGUGGUACUGGUUCUGCCCGCGGGCCAUGGAGAAGAGGGUCUCACCGGCCCUCACACACAUCCUCUUCAUCUUCGGCCUCUUCAACGCCUGCCUGGACCCCAUCACCUACGGGCUCUUCACCAUCCCCUUCCGGCGGGGCUGGGGCUGCCCCUGCAGGCAGCGCCCCAAGCCCCAGCCACCCUCCCCGGCCACCGGCUCCUUCCGCUGCUCGGCCUCCUCCCUGCCACCCAAACGGGGCAUCCCGGGGGUGCGGGAGCAGCGGGUGCCUGCUGGGCCAGGGCUGCCCGCUGGGGCUGGGUCCCGCCAGAGCAGCUCCCUGUGA